AUGAUAACUGAUGUGACGUCACAAGAUGAGGGAAAGUACACUUGUGUAGCAAGAAAUAUUCUUGGAGAAGUGACGUCAUCGGUCACUUUAACUGUUCAAGUUGGCGCUGUGAUCUCUCAGAAGCCAUUAUCUGUCAUCAUUGAAGAAGGACAGAACCUGAGCCUAGUCUGCAAAGCUUCUGGUCAGCCGACACCAACGGUCACAUGGCGUAAAGCGUUUAGUCAAUUGCCAAAAGAGAAGACUAAGGUUGUUGCUGGUAACUUGAACAUAGUUAAUAUCGCAAAAGCAGACGGUGGGACUUACGAAUGCGCGGUCAAGAAUCACCUUGGUCAGGAUUCCGCUGUCGCUCAAGUGGUGGUGAUUGACGAACUCAAAUUUACCCUGACUCCUCCAGGGAAAGUUGUCGUACCUGUUUACAGCAGUGCUCAGUUUAAUUGUAUAGCUGAGGGUUCAGUAGACAUAGAUUGGAAGAGAUCAGGACAAAAUCUUCCUCAAAAUCACAUAGUAGAGCAUGGGCCAGUGCAGUUUUUAUUUGACGAAGGCAUCGAAGUAAAUUAUUGGUUCCCAGUCCUUGCGCGUCAGAAGAUGAAAAAUCAAAAAUCAGUAAACGUGAAAAUCAUUUAA